AUGUCGCCUCCUAUCGCGAUCAUUGGUAUUUCGGUCGAGCUCCCUAGUGGCAACUAUUCCUCGGAGAACCUCGACCACAAAUCCUUUUUCGAGUUCUUGCUGUCGUCUGGUGAAUCCUAUGAGCAGAUGCCGUCGGAGAGAUUCAAUAUCGAAGCCUGGAAGGGAACCGGUAUCGGCAAGAUUCAUGUCGACCGAGGAUCUUUCUUAAAAAAUAUCGACACUUUCGACAACGUCGAAUUCGGCAUUUCAUCCAAGGAUGCCCAGGCGAUGUCGCCAGCGACUCGCAAGCUUCUCGAGAAUACAUUCCUUGCCCUUCUCGACUCGGGAAUUGACUAUAGAACGAAGGUCAUCGGAUGCUUCACAGCGGGAACGUCCCUUGAGCUUACAAACGUUUCCGAAGCGGACGAGUUCGACGCCCGUGGUUCUUUCGCUGGCUACAAUUCCAUGAUUGCCAACCGCAUCUCUAACCAUCUCGAUUUACUCGGGCCAUCCUUCCCCAUCGACACCGCCUGUAGCUCCACUCUGACCGCUUUGCACCUCGCGGUCCAGGCGAUUACAACCGGAGAUUGUGAAGCCGCUGUCAUUGGAGGCUGCCAACUGAACCAUCGGUUCAUUGACUGGGUCACAUACAGUCAAGGGUCAUUGCUUGCCAAAGACGGAAAGUGCAAGCCUUUUGAUAGCAACGCAGACGGAUUUGCUCGUGCCGAAGGAUGCGCAGUCGUGGUCAUCAAGCCCCUUGACGCCGCGCUGAGAGACAAUGAUCACAUUUACGCAACAGUUUUGGGCACUGCAAUCAACUCCACCGGUGCGGCCGCGGCCCCAGGUGCCCCAGUAGCAGAGUCCCAACGUGAUGCAAUGUUCCAAGCGUUCCAGCGCGCUGGGAGGAGUCCUCGCGAGGUGGAUUAUGUUGAACUACAUGCUACAGGCACGGCAAAAGGAGACCCCACUGAGGCCAACUGGGUGGGCGAGCAUUUCCACAGAGAAGACGAGCUUGUGGUCGGCAGUGUCAAGGGCAAUAUCGGCCACCCCGAGAUCACGGCUUUCCUUGCGUCGCUCUCGAAGGUUAUCUCUAUCUUUGAGAAGCAAACGAUCCCGCCCCAGGUCAACAUCAGCAAGCUCAACCCGGGCAUCAAGUGGGACGAGUAUCGUCUCAGAGUUCCAUUCGAGCCGACUCCGCUUCCGUGCAGAGCAAACGGCAAGUCUCUCGUCGCCAUCGCGGGCUCGGGCAUCGGCGGCUCGAACGGUCAUGUCGUUCUUGAAGGCCCGCCUCGCGUUGAAGGGGCGCCUAAAGUCAAGGAUGUUGAAAUGAAGCGACCGGUCCUUCUCCUGACUGGAGGUCUCUCGUCGAGAACCGCGACUUCGUCUGCGCAGUCGAUCCAGCAAGAUUUCGGGAAGUACUCCGACGACCUGUCGGCGUUAUCGACUGUCCUUGGGCGGAGGUCGAAGCAAGCCACCUGGAGGUCGUACACAAUUGGUCACCCUGGCCAGGAGAAGUUGGCGGAUGUGUCCACGCCUCAGCACUGCCCUCGUAACCCGAACGGACUUGUGUAUGUCUUUUCGGGACAAGGCCCUCAGCACGUUCAUAUGGGCCGUGAGCUCUUUGGAGCGUUCCCAGUCUUCCGCGAUAGCGUCCUCGAGAUGGACGAGGUCUUCAUCAAGACGACCGGCAAAUCGAUCAUCCACGACUACGGGCUCUUUGGCGCGUCUGCCGCCACUCCUUUGCCGGACAUCUGGCCCAUCGCCCUUGUCCUGCCUUCCAUCUCCAUCUUUCAGAUCGCGCUCUUCGACUUGUUGACGAGCUUAGGCGUCAAGGCAGACGCGAUCGUCGGCCACUCAGCUGGCGAGACCGCCGUACUUUACACUUCUGGCGCCGCCCCGAAGGCUAUGGCCGUCGAGCUUGCCAUCAUUCGUGGUCGCUCUUUCACCCCGGUCGAGGAGCUUGGAGGAACUAUGGCUGCGAUUUCGUGUAGCCCCGAGGAAUGGGGUGAGUUGUUGAGGGAGUAUCGCGAGGAGAACACGGAGGCGGUCGUCGAACUGGCGUGCUACAAUGCCCCGUCUGCUGUCGCCAUUGCUGGAGAGGAAACAGCCAUCGACAAGAUUGUCAGCAUGGCCGAGGCUCGCAAGAAGUUCGCCCGGAAGAUUCGCACUCGGGUGCCCUUCCAUUCGUCGAUGAUGAACGCGGCGAAGGAAGAUUAUACGGCCGCCCUCAAGGACUUGUUUGAGAGGUAUCCGGGUCCACAUCGCCCCACGACACCAGUCUACUCUACUUGCACCGGCCAGCUCUUCGAGGGCUCCUUCGAGGCAGAAUACUAUUGGGACAACACCGUCUCUCCAGUUCGUUUCACUGAGGCGAUGGCUGGUAUCCGUCAGGCUCUGCCCAACGCAUCCUUCGUCGAGAUUGCCCCUCAUCCCGUACUCUCUUCUUACGUCGUUUCGAUGGCAUCGGAGGGUUCGACCGUCCUGCACUCUGCACAACGUCCCAAGCGCGGAGCCCCGCCAACAGAGUACGUCGACGUCCUCCACCUCUUGGGCAAGCUUACGUGUGCUGGGCACAACUUUGUCGACUUCACGACUCUCAACGGCCGCAAAUGCUCUGAGUUUAGGCGUUCGUUGCCUGCGUAUCCGUUCUCCAAGAAGAAGUAUCCUCUGUAUCCCGACACGCCCGGUACGCUCAAGCAGAUGGAGGUUCAGCGCGGACCGUUGAACUACACCCACCUUCGUGUCAACAAGGAGUCGCACCCUGUGCUCGCGGAGCACAUCAUUCGAGGCGAGCCAAUCAUGCCUGCAGCGGGCUUCUUGGAAAUGGCACUGGAGUUUGGUGCUUCUACGCUCAUGAACGUCAACAUGCGUUCGAUACUUUCGCUGUCUUCGGAGAAGCCGACCAAGGUCAAUGUGAACCUCGAUGGUGCCCACUGGACCGUCAAGUCAGUGUCCGUCUCGAAGGGUCGCAAAGACCACGCCCCGACUACAAGCGAACGUCUACACGCAGAUGGUUACUUAUCGUUCGAGAUCCCCAGCGUUGCUCUGCCUGUGGACAUCGCGGCUAUUCGAGCCAGGUGCCCUGAGCACAUUGGGUCAGGAUUCUAUCCUUCCCUUUCCUACUUUUCGGCGUAUGGGCCACGCUUCCAGCGCGUGACAAACGUCUUCUUCAACCGCAACGAGGCACUCGCGUCCAUCAAAGGAAUGGACUCUGUCCUUGCUGGUGAUGGCAAGUAUUUGCUUCAUCCCGCGAUCCUCGACGCCUGCAUCCAGGUCUCCGCCUACAAGCCUUUCCACGGCGACUACGACCCUAAUGUCUACUACCUCCCUGCGCACGUCGACGCCAUCAUCGUCCAUCAGGCUUUAAAGCCCAGCUACUUCCCAGCGCAUGUUUACGCGCACGUCGAGUUGAAGAACUGGCUUCCAGAUGCCAUUCACUACGACAUCACUCUUGUAAACGACGACGGUGUCCGUCUGUGCUCCUUCGUCGGCCUCCACGUCGCCAAGCACCAUAUUACGCCUGUUGCGGAUCCAAUUCGUCCUUUGGAAGUGGCUUACCAACCAGUCUUCCACGCGAAGCGCUCCAUCGACGGUCCUGCGUACAAGGGCGAAGAUCGUUCCGACCUCUUCGGCAGUCUUGACAAGAUCUCUAUUCGUGCAAAAAUGCUCCAACGUGCUGGAGGUCUCCAAACCCCGAAUCUGAACAUCGCCAUGCCUCCCUUCAAGAGCGUUCAUCAAGAAUGUGCGCCGUACUUUGAAACGUUCAAGGCUGUCGAGACGAUUCCGUCUUCUGAAGGUCCCCAGUUUGAUGAAGCUAUCAAGUGCACCAUGCAUUCGUUGCGUGCAGCUUUGAACGAACUCGCUAAGUCAGGCACUCGCGUUGUCAAAGCUCUCGUUGUCGAUAACGUGAAAUCUGAGCUCUUCCGCAAGGGUCUCGAAGCUGUUGUACAAGGAUUCCCGUCCUUGUACUUCGAGCUCUUCAUCGACAACAAGCAUGUGGCUCAGUCCUUGCCCAAUGUACCAUCGGGCAUCGUUCGCAGCACACGCAUUGCGUUCAACGGCGCCGAGUCCGAGAGCCUCCAGGACCACCUCUUCGAUAUCGUCUUGUUCUUCAACGUUGCCUCUCAGCAAGCCAAUCCUGCGUCCAUCGCUAAAGCUGCCUCGACCUUCCUCGUUCCUGGAGGUACCUGCAUCAUGACCGAGCGUAAUCUCGAUGCCUGGGACAUGGGUUAUCUCGGUACCAUGUGGUACGACGCCUACCUUGGCGCACCCUCCAAGGAGGAGACGUUUUCUCUGGGUUCUUACCUAGAGUCGUUGAAGGACCAACAACUCGACGUUUUGCGCAGCCACAGCUCCGAAGACUACGACCCCUUCCAUUUUUCCGUCGAGUGCCAGAAGCCUAGUUGGCCCCCACAAACAUUGCCUUCAUCGCCUCUCUUCGACCCCAUCGAGUCCUUCGCAUAUGCGUAUAGCUAUGGCAGCGAGAUGGAUUUGCAGUGGGAACUCUCCGGACUCAACGACGUGCAGCAACUCGACGUGUGGAUCGUAGCGACUGAAGGGAGGGACGGAGGUGCUGCCCAAGGUCUGGUGCGAGCCCUUCGCCGGGAGUAUGUUUCGUGGACUAUCCGCCUGGUUAUCUUCCCGUCUUCGUACGAUGAAGACAUGCGUCAGGAAUUCCUCGAGCACUUACCCACCGAGCUACGUUCGGAACGCGACGUCAUUGUCUCGGAAGAUCGCCUUCUGGUACCUCGUCUGGCCCCAGUCGAAGCUCUUCAACCGCGCUCCGACAGGAAGUCUGACACUCGUUCGAGACGGCUAGCAGUCGAUCAUAUUCUCGUCCGUGUUCUGUCUUCCUCAGACCAAAACGACGUCUCUGGAAUCGUUGCAUCCGUUGUAGAUGCGAAUGCCACCGAUAUCCAACCUAACACUCUCGUCGCUGCCCUUGUUCACAGCUCAACGGAGGAAUACAUGGAGUUGGACGCUGCCAGCGUCUUCCCUGUUUCCGAUGAUUACCUCAAGCAUCUCUCGGUCACCUCUGCUGCCAUCCUCGGUUUCGUCGCCGCGGUUCUCGCACUCGGACAGGCUACUCUUAGUCGCCCUACCCGUCUCUCCAAGCUUCGCAUCUUGUUAACACAUAGCGACUCCACCAUCGGUUCGAGCGCCGCUGCCCUUCUCCUACAGAAGGGAGCCCAAGUCGAUCGCGUCCCCCAAAACGCCAGCCUCUACACCCUCGCCAAGCUUCCUGUCGAGGCGUAUGACGUCAUCAUAUCCGGAUAUUCUGAUCGUUCGUAUCUUCAAGUCGUCGACACUCUGGUGCGUCCGAAGCAGGGCAAGGCCUUCUCGUGGAGCGACGAGGCGGAAGGGCUUGCUGCCAUCCUCGACCGAGACCCAUGUGCGGUGGGCGACGCUUUACGCUUCGGCUUGCUAGGUGUGAAAGAGAUUCUUCCCUCUCUAGCGCCACCGCCACCUCUUCGCGUCACUGCCGCCAACGGCGACCUUCGCCAGGAUCGCCCUUCUAUCCACGCUUCAUUUAAAGAAGAGAAAGCGUACGUUAUUCUAGGAGGGAUUGGGACAAUUGGCGUCCACCUGGCGUUGUAUAUGUAUCAGCGAGGUGCUCGGCACAUCGUCCUUACAUCGCGUUCUGGAGAGAAGAGCCUCGAAAGCAAUACGAACGUCGUCGUGCGCCGUAUGGUCGACUACUUGAAGGCCCGGCCCGAACUUCGAUUGUCUCUUGUGGCACUUGAUGCUACUGAUGAAGCGGGCAUGAGGACCUUCAUGGACGACCUCGGUCCCGUUGGUGGGUGUAUUGUCCUCACUGCUGUCCUCUUAGAUGGCAUCUUCCGCCACCUAAACGAAGAAGCAUUUUCUCGCGUCUUCCAUGCAAAGAUAGGGGUCCUGGACACUCUCAAGCAGUCUGUCAAUAUCCAGGAUCUCGACUUCCUGGUUUCGUUCACCUCGGUUUCGGGUCUCAUUGGAUUCGGGGGUCAGACGAACUAUGGAGCUGGGAAUACUGCCCUCGAGCAUCAUACAGCCGAGAGCUCGAAUGGCUUCUCCUUCAUUUGCCCGGGCAUUUUAGACUCUACUUUGAUGCUUGCGGGUACUGGGAAGUCCAACGAAACUCGUCUCAGCGCGCUCAUUCCCUGGUCGGUUUCCGCGGAAGAUAUGAUUCGCUGGUUCGACGACGCCAUGGCGCGCUUCCAGCACGGCCGACGUAUCAUUCGUUACGUGCCUGAUCUCAACUGGGAAGCCUUGGAGCGAACUCAAGGCAUGCCGCGUCUUGGAACGCACCUCCUCGCAGAUCAAGUUGUGGACGUCUCUGACGACGUCGACGACUCCGAGCGCAUGACAGAGGUCAUCAAGAACGUCCUUGCCGUACCCGCAGCCGAUUUCUCCCCCGACGUCCCACUCACAGCCUACGGCAUCGAUUCCCUCUCCGCCUCUCGGAUCUCUUUCCUUCUCCGACCUUUUGUUGAAGUCACCCAAAUCCAACUCCUCGCCGACAUCACUCUCAACGACCUUGUUCGUCUAUCUCAGUCCAACGUCGAGGCGGUGCAAGAGCAAACCACCUCGAAGCCAGUGCAGAGUCGGAAUAAGGCCGACUUGAUGUCGGAGAUGCUUGCGAAGUACAGCGCCGGCCUGGAGGCUGGCCCGUCGGUGUCACCGUCAAGCUCAUUGGCGCCGUCGGAGGAGGUCGUCCUCAUCACUGGCACGACGGGCACUUUGGGAGCGAACGUGUUGGAGAACCUCCUCAAGAACCCAUCAGUCAAGCUCGUGUAUGCGCUCAAUCGGGUCAGGCAAAACUUGAUGUCUCUCGUUGGUUGCCAGGAAGCUGUGUUCGUUCGUCAAGGUCUUGAUGUCUCGCUCCUCGAAUCAGGCAAACUUGUUCUGUUGGAAGGAGAUCUCGCGGAAGAUCGCUUUGGUUUGAGCGCUGAGCGUGAGGACGAGCUGCUGUCUUCUGUCACUCACAUUAUCCACAAUGCAUGGAGAGUUGAUUUCGUCUCUUCUCUCGCUGACAAUGAAGACCUUAUCAAGGGUACUCGCAAGUUGCUUGACUUCGCCCAACGUUCGAGGCUCGCGUCCAAGCCGUCCCUCUCCUAUAUCAGUUCGAUUGGCACAUACCAAGUCGCCAAGGAUUCUGACCCCGAGUACGCUCCAGAGGCCUCCGUCCUGGACCCCAAGGUGUCGAUUCAGACCGGAUACAUCGAGUCGAAGUGGGUCGCGGAGCGCCUCUUCCAGAUUGCUGGCGAGAAGUGUGGCCUACAGACUAACGUCAUCCGAGUCGGUCUGCUCACUGGCGGCGUCAACGGCAGUUGGGAUCCUUCUCAGUGGUUCCCUGGUAUCGUCCAGUCUGCAGUUUAUAUUGGUUGCCUACCCGAAGUUGAUGAUGUUGUUUCGUGGAUCCCUGUUGACCUCGCUGCCUCCGCCAUCGUCGACAUGCGCCGCACUCCCUCUGACACUCUACAUCUCAUCCACCCCAACCCGACUCAGUGGAACGAUCUCGUCAAACCUGCCUCGAAGAUUCUGAACGUCCCUCUCGUACCAUACGUCGAGUGGUUUGCCCGGCUAGAGGCGUCAGCCCGUGACGCCGACGAGCAUGGCCCUGCCAUGGUCAACCAACGUGCUGCACUCCGGUUGACCCACUUCUACGGCAUUGCGCUCGGCGUAUCAAGGUUCCACACGGAGAGCGGAGGACUUCUCGCAAAAGUUGUGUCUGACAAGGGUUACUGGGCAUCGCCUUCCCUUCAGGCCGACACCGUCUCAAGACUCGGGGAACAUGACGUCAAGAAAUGGAUGGCGUAUUGGAGAGAGAUCGGCUUCCUGCCUUCAUGA